GCCCACCAGUCAGUUGAUACCUGGCCGUCGUACAGUAAAGACGCGUACCAAGCUUUCAACUCAGCAACGUCAAUCUUUCUCUGGCCUGUAUACUUGGGCAAAGUUUGGUCACCUGUUCCCUGCUAUUCGUAUUCCUGCUUUUGGUGCUCUUUGUUCCCAACUACGUGUAAGCGGUGUUUCUACCAGGAACUUUAGCUGCAAAAGUGCUUUUCUUGUUCGGUUAACGUACUGUGCGUAAGUAGUAAACUAAUUACAGACAUAGUUCAAUGGUUUUCAGCAAUAAUCCUUAUCUAGCUAAAGAUAGACGGUUAUUCCGAAGUGCGCGUAAAAAUAUAAUCGUAUGAAAAUAUGUGCCUGAAGCAGUAAAAUUAUUGUUUGUGAGAUUUCUCCUUUUAAUAUACACAUGAAAACCUAAAACGUUGCACAGAAAGGAAACAUUCAUCAGAAGGCUCCCUUGGAAGAAUUUUAAUUAUUGGUUGCUAAUUAUAGUGCUAAAAGUUGUUGCUUUUUUUGAGUGCUGAACACUUCAACGAGCACUCGGUUUUCACCGUACGCGCAAAAAGAGAAUCAUAGCGAUUGUGUUCGUGAUUUUGGGAUACACAACAAUUGUAAGAAACUGAAACAAGAUGGAAUACAGGAGGAUCUACUCGUUGGCUCAGGUACUCGCGAUACUAUUCACCUGUAUGCAAAUCGCUCGAGCGGCACAAGCGCUUUGGCCGAAUCUAUCCGCAGAGAAGUGCUCCAGCAGUGGGAACUUGAAAUACAUUUCCGGUAACGCAUUGACGGACAGUCCGAAUUGUAUAGGUCCUAACGAUGCUCCUUAUCCAACCAAUGUGGUAGCCCGAACAUUUUCCAGCUGGAAUCCAAGUGGGUCUUCCAGACGAGGUAGAAUGAGUCAACUUCCCACGGUGGAUCCGAAGCUAAUGCAGCGAACAUUGCUGCAAGUGUAUGGGGAUGCCAAUGGAGAGCAAUUGCAGGAAGAUGUGCGCACAAGAUACAGUCGCUCCGUGGAUAGUACACCGCAAUGCCGCAGCGAUACACCGUCCCGGCUGUGCAAAACCCGCUACAACACCACUGCUCCGAUGUACGGCGUGAGUCUCACUUCCGGUCAGCCGGUAACGAUCGUGCAAAAGUUCCCCGAUCUACUGCAGCAGGUCGUCUUCGAAGUAUGCGAAUCGUCCGAAUGCGACGUGGUUCGGGGUGAAUGCACCCAAACAUAUGUUCCGUACCUUUUCCUGGUGAUUCCGCUGGGACCGGUGACGUUGACCGGGCAGGAUUAUGUUCUGGUAGAGAGUGGGUGCGUGUGCAAGCCAAAGUAUGCCGCGGAAAAGCCCCGUGAAUCCGGAGGGAACUUCAUACCCUGAAUGAUGCCACGGGAAAGCAACCGAACUCGGACCAACCCAACUACAAGAGGAUAGAGAUUUGAUUCAGAGCGUUAAUACUGGAGAGGAAACGUGUAAAUUGAAGUGAUGUUAUCUUUACGAUGCGAUGAAUAAAACAAAACAACAUAGACAACGGUUUGAUCAUGUUUGGUGAUCGUGAGCUGAUAGUUUGAAUUCGAAACUAAAGCGAAACAAAAAGCUGAAGCGAGAUGGCUGAGAGGCAAGGCCCAUAGCUUUAUGAUUAUUUAAUUUACUGAUUAAUACUGCAAGUUAGGGCCUAGAAUGCGUAGAUGAAUAACUAUUUAAUGUUUUGUAAAUAUGAAUCCCUUUUUAAUCGAAUAGAACUAAUUAAUACUAGCAAGCAUUUGAACUUCUGAACAAUGGAGUAUUGAAGUAUGCUUAUAAAAAUCGAACAUAUUCCAGGCUUGUUCGGGUUGAAAUUAAAUUCCUACUAUCUUUACUAUCUGUACAUGAGAAAUUUGAAUAUAAUAAAUUAUUUAUUUUUAACUCACAA